UCAAAACGAUUGGUUAGGUAUCGAGUUCGCUUGGUCAUUUCAUAUCACACAGUGAUUAUAUGAUGAGAAUAGAAAGAGACAAACACACAGAGAAAAAGAAGCAUACAAAACAAGUUAUCGCGCGCGCGACAUUCCGAAACUUGAAUGAAAUAUUUUUUUUCGUCUUCACCGAUAUAAAUCUGAAGUUAAAACUCAUCGAAGAAUAAAAAAACUAAAGAGAAGAAAAAACGUUUUGAAUUGAAGUGAGAAGUGAUUGAAUAUUUGUGAAUUUAUUCCAAUAAAGUGAAUUUGAAAAAUUGCCGAACGAUACGACAAUUAGAAAAAAAAAACAUAGAAAUGUGCACGGAAAAAACGAGUGCAUUGAAAGUGAAACAAAUUAUAAUCAAAUAUUGAUUCAAAAAGGCAGUUGAGCUCAUGUUAAUUGCACAACAAAUAAUAAAAUAAAGAGUAGCAUUUUCGAAGUGCUAAUGAACUUCUAUCAAGAAAUACAUUCAAUUACCUUAUUUAUGGUUGCAAUUAAAAAUUAAUAAUACGCCAUUGAGGAGGAGAGACUCGUGCGCGGGGUCGAACCGGGGUAUACGUAAGUACAAAAGAAAAUACCAGCAAGAACGACACACACGAAAGAAAAAACAUUCCAAGGCGUUUGUAAGAAGUAUCAUCAAGAGACGGCCCAGCGCCGAAUAUCAUCGCAAACACAUCAUCAUCGCAAAUUGAAUGGGAGUUCAGACACAUUCCAUUUGUGGAUAUUAAUGAAAAUAGAUUUGAUGCGAAAUAACAUGAAAUUGAAGUGAAGAAGUUAAAAAAAAAACGGCAACAAACUCAAAAUAACUUUCUCGCUCUUGUCGGUUUGGUGUGUUUGAAUAGCAAGAGAAAAGGCAAAUACUGACUGUAUCCUCUCUUCUCAAAACCGAAAUCUCAAGUGGAGUGUAUUUAUACUUCGAGUUUUAUGAAUGAUAUUUUUUCUGUUUGCGUCAUUUUCUUGUUACUUUUAUCGCGUUACUUUUUGAUUGCUGAAAUAAAAUUACUCAAGAUAAAGAGAGGGAGAGAAGAAAAAUUCAACGUAUUAUCGGUUAAAGUGUGCGUGUAUUUUUUUCGUGUUUGAACAAAGUACAGCUGGAAGAAAAAAAAAGUUGAAAUAAAUUGAAGAGAAUGAUAAAAAAAAGUUGAAAUGAGUGUGCUUGAAAAAGUGUAUCAAGAGAAGUGCGCGUUUUAAAAAAAUAUAUGCAUUAAAACAUGACAAACAUAGUUCUAUAAAUACAAUUUUUGGAUUUUUGAACAUCUUGUUAUUUGUGACAAUCGCUCGAAAAGAAACGAGAUUAAAUUUUCCGAUAAACAGUCCACAUCAGACAUUGUCACGUGGCCAAUAUUUUUUUGAUAAUUUUUCUCCCUCGCCACUUCGUCUCGUUUAGAGUGUUAACAAAAGAGCAGAAUAAUCAACAAAAGAUAUCAACGAACAAUUCGACAGUUUGAAAGCAAUAACCGGAUGUCAAUUCAACAAACUCCGCUGCUAAAAUGAUUUUUCCGCCGUUGUCUAGAAUUAAAAUACGUUUUUAUUAAAUCCGUAUAAAAUGAGAGAUUCAUCCAUUUUCCAGCGACUAAUUCGCAUCAUUUGAUUGUGAUCGAAUGAACGGAGAAGCGAAUACAUGUACAAAAGCCCAGCGUAUUUGCAAACGGCGAAAAAAUCACCAUUUUUGGUACACAUCGAAACGCACAUUGUAAACAUAAAACAUCGAUAAAAUAAAAGAAAAAAAAAGGAGAAAAAGAAGAAGAAGCAGGACACACAUUUUCUUGCUCGCAUACACACCACUCGCUGUGUAUCGAAAAGUACGUGCCAUACGCAAUAUGGCAUACAUUGUGUGGAAAAUGCUACACCAGCCACGUAUGAAUUGGGGAAUCAGCAGGCGAUUUAUCGUGUAUGUACAUUGUUGGUAUGUACCCGUGCUGCUGCUACUGCUGAUUCAGUCAGUAUCGAUUGUCGAUGGCCAUCCGAAAUUGGCAAACGAGGGUAUAAACGAUAAGCAUGGACAACGCUUUUCCAUGGAACCACAAAAAUUUGCAAUGCAGCCUCAAGACCAAACAGCCAUUGUUGGAUCUCGGGUCACCUUGCCGUGCCGUGUUAUUAACAAACAAGGAACACUUCAGUGGACAAAGGACGACUUUGGGCUGGGGUGGCAUCGUAAUUUAAGCGGGUUUGAACGCUACACAAUGAUUGGCAGCGAUGAAGAAGGCGAUUUUUCAUUAGAUAUUUACCCGGUAAUGUUGGACGAUGAUGCAAAGUAUCAGUGCCAAGUGGGACCUGGUCCACAAGGUCAACCAGGCAUUCGAUCGAGAUUUGCAGCACUUUCCAUACUAGUGCCACCUGAACCACCGCGCAUUUUGCAGGGUGAUUUUCUUGUAACAACCGAGGAUCGUGAAAUCGAAUUGGAAUGCGUGUCGGUGGGGGGAAAGCCGGCGGCAGAGAUAACAUGGAUCGACGGUUUGGGAAACGUUUUAACAACCGGCAUUGAUUAUAUGAAGGAACCAUUAUCAGAUUCAAGACGCGUUACAGCUAAAUCAAUUCUAAAGCUGACACCGAAAAAGGAACAUCACAAUACAACGUUCACAUGCCAAGCACAAAACACCGCCGACAGAAGUUACCGAGCUGCUAAACUCAAACUCGAGGUUAAAUAUGCUCCGAAAGUGUCGAUUUCGGUCAUUGGAGAGAGUACACUGACUGGUUCCCGCAUCCCCGAAGGUAGUGAUGUGCGAUUUUUGUGCCGUGCUGAUGCCAAUCCGCCAAACGUAACGUAUCGAUGGUACAUUAAUGAAGAACUUGUUGCCGGUGACUAUACAACCGAAAUGGUAAUUCCAAACAUCACACGAAAAUAUCAUGACGGAAUGGUCAAGUGUGAAGUUCACAAUGCGGUCGGAAAAAGUGAGGAGAGUGAAGCACUCGAUAUUAGCUAUGGGCCAGUGUUCAAGUCUCGACCUAAAUCGAUUGAAGCCGAUCAUGGAGCAACGAUUUCUUUGACGUGUGAUGUAAUUGGCAAUCCAUUGCCCGAUAUUCUAUGGAUUCAUGAACCAAACGAUAAAGUCGUUGGUGCUUCGUCAAAUUUAACAAUAAUCGUCUCAACCGAAACAGCUGGCAAAUAUUUUUGCAAAGCGAGUGUUGUUGGUUUUCCUGAAAUAUCGGCAACGGCAUCGGUUUACUUGAAAGGUCCACCUACAAUUACAUCAGCCCGGCGACAGUAUGGUAUCACUGGCGUUAAUACUCGGAUCGAAUGCACAGCAUUUUCUGUGCCCAAGGCAAGACACGUUUCAUGGACAUUCAUGGGGCAUGAAAUCAGUACGAAUAACAAUCCCGAUUAUUCAAUUAUCGAAGAACCAUUGCCAGAAGGCAUCAAAUCAAUAUUGAUUAUACGAGAAAGCCAAUCAAAACAUUUUGGCUCUUAUAAUUGUACCGUUGUUAAUGAGCACGGCAACGACAUUUUGGAAAUUGAAUUACUUCGACAAGAAACAAGUCCAGUAUUAAGUAUCAUCGUAGCUUCUGUAUCCUUUGUUAUAAUCAUCUUAAUUCUCGUUGUAUUUAUACUAUUUUGCCGGCGGACAAAAAAACGGCUGAAACCAGCUGAUGUAAUACCAACCAACGAUAAGAAUAUUAACAAAAAGGAAUUUAAGGGUUGCGAACGGACAUCGAAUUUGAUAAACGAGACAAAAAUUGACAUUCGAAAUGACUACGCACACACAACGGUCGAUGGUAAUAAUUUGAUGACGCACAUUCCGGACACAAGUACAUACAACACAACUGGCAGUGUAAUUGGGCCACUUGGAGGCGUUGCAUCUCAAUACAGAUAUUCGGGCGACUUUACAGAUACGGGUCAAUCGAAAACUGGUCAAAAUAACAAUGGCUACGUCGCAAAUGCAGCCGAUUAUAGUCCACCAUCACAAUCAACAUUACUAUUACGAAAUGGUAGUAGUAAUACGAGUAGUGAUACCACAUAUUAUCCAAAUGGCCAGGUGCCGAGUGUGAAUUCAACAUUGACUCGGAAUAGUCGAUCGACAACGGUUGAUUCACGGCAAGAUAUUGGAUUGCCAAACGUGCAUGGCAGUUUCAAUUCACUACAAAAUAGUAUUUUAAGUCAACAACCAUUGCUACAGAAUGGUUUAAAUGUAGAUUUACGAUAUCGUGCCACAUAUGCUAAUCCAUUUUUGCGAACGUCGAAUGCAUCGCUGCCGCCUUUACCACCGCCAAGUACAGCAAAUCCAUCAGCCACACCAGCACCCCCGCCAUAUAAUGCAACACGUAAUACAGCUACAACAUCCGGCAUUGUCAGUACAAGUACAACAUCGAUAAAAGCUCCACUACCAACGUCAUCCAGUCCAUCGGGUCAAUUUAUAUUGCCAGCUAAUGGACAUUUGAAAAAAGGUGCACUUGCAACGCAUGUUUAAUUUAAUUGAGAGACUCAUUGCCGCACAAUACAUACAUGGAUUCAAAUGCGUCGCUCGUUCUCGCACUCAUCCAUACACAUAAUCAAGUCUUAUCACUACAUACAUACACACCUACAAUGAUCUACAUAUUCUCUGGCAAAUGGCAAACCACUCAAUGUGACGUGCCGAUGGAAAAUAGCCAGCUGUUCAUCUUCUGAAUACAUGUUCAUGCGAUGCGAGGCCCAUUGUGCAGCGCCUUUCCUUCCUUUAUUGCCAUAUCAAUUUACAAUCAAUGCCAGAACAAAUAUCGUCUGAAAGGCGAGCAAGCCCUUUCCAACUCCUCGAUAUUCUUCAAUGAUAGUGAUUUGAAUUGAAAGCAAAAUGUGUAUGGUUGCGUGAAUUUACCACCGUCACUCGGUCGCUUACACCAGUAGUUUCAUGCAAGCGAUCGAACACAAAGAGAGCGUGCGACUGUACAAAAUAAACUGUAUUAAGCUGUAAAACCAAAUCAAAAUAAUGAGUAAAAAAAACUCCAAGAAGUGCAACAACAACAACAAAAAUGAUGUGAAACACUAUCAUUGCAUCGCAGAGAAUUAUUUGGAUAAUAAUCAUGUAUUAUUACGUGUCAUUGUUCUGCCGUAUUAUACUCCCGGAAUCACUCAUCUCGCUCAGUGCAACAUGUGAUUCACCAUUAUAAAUCGAACCAUUUUUUGGAGUAAAAUCAAAUCUCUCUGAGUACAUCUGACUGAUAAAUUUUAAUGUAAUAGUAUAUAUUAUACCUAUUCAAUCGUUUUAAAAAUUGAAAUGGAAUAAACAUGAACAUUCGAAUGAAGAAAAUCGUCGAAUAUACAUAUAAGAAAAUUGAGAAACAGAAAAUUCUAGUGAGUGUGUAGUGCGGAAGCAAAACGACUAUGAAUCGAUCUAUGUAAAUAUGUCAAAUUGAAAAUCGGGCAAAGGUAAAUAAUUUUUUUGAAAAAAUGCCGAAAUGGAUUCAAAAGAUCCAGUAACGCAUUUUGUUAGUUGAAAUAUGUAGGAAUUAAUUGCAAAUUACCGAGAUUCGAUAGGACGUAACAUAUAUAAGCGAUUGAGUAAGUCUGUUUAUUGACGUUUAUUUUACGUUUCUAACGUUUGUUUUAUUCUGUUGAAUGAUGAAAAUGGGGCCUUAAACGUUUAAUCGAAAUGAGAAAAGAUAAAAACCGAAAAUGAUGAUGGUAAAGAAGAAAAUACCUAACAUUUAAAUUAUUGUAUACCUUUUUAAAGGGGAGCCGUUUGCCAAUUGAUUAUACAUAUAGUAUAUAUAUAUGCUUGAAAAGUAAAUUGUGUAAAUAUUUUAAUGGAAUUAAAACCGAGUAGAUUUUAAUGAUAACGACAGCAGCAAAUUUAUGAAAGAAAUUAUUUAAAAAAAUGCUUUUACUGGACAGUAAUACCCAAUUAAAAUCAAUGGCAUCAUUUGAAUGAAGGGAAAACCAAUUUAUAUAUGAAAAAUACACACAAUUACGAUCUACCACUAGUUUAGUUUUUAAUGAAAAGAAAAAAAAAUCAGAGUUAAUGAUGCUGCUGCAACAAAAAUAUAUUACCAAAGACAUUUUAUGAAACAUGAUUUUAAGUUUAUUGAAGAAAACAAAGAAAAAACACAUAUGAAAAGUUCUACAUGGUUCUAUUAAGAUAGAGGUUGAAGUAUUUAUUGCAUGGUUUAUAAUAAUAAGGGUCAAUCGUUUAAAUAACGCAAUCGAAUUCAAACACACACGCAGUUAAGUUAAAAUAAUUAAAUGAUGAAUGGCUAUAAAUUUACCUGAAUGGUGAACGAAAAUCGAAACCCCAUAAGCAAACAAAUUUAAAAUGUGAAUGAACAGUUGGCACUUUGAUUAAAAUUCCCCUUUUGCAAUAAAUUCUGGUGGAAUAUAUGCCAUUUUUGCUCCAUAACGCCCCUGAUGUAAAAUUGUACAUCGAAAUUCCAUCCCAAAAUGUUUUAACAAAUUUUACUUGCAAACAUAUGAACUUUAUUCAUUCCAUUUAAAACUGAGCAUACCAUAGCAUCUCCGAACGAAGUUAAGACAGCAUUUUUAAUUUUGUGGGCAUUUUUCGUGCCAAAUCACAUUCUUGAUAUCCAUUAUUGCUAUUUAUUUAAAAAAAAAAAAAGAAUAAAAAGAUGAGAAAUUUAAUGUAGUUGAUCCGUAAUACAAAUUCCAUAAAUGUUAUUGUCAAACAUUAUUCAUUCCUAAUUCCUUUUUCGCUUAAGUUUUUCUUUUUUUUAUAAACUUCAAAUAGGAUUUGACAAUUUACAAAUGUAAAUAAGAUUUGCUUCCAAGGGGCAAACGGACAAACCAAAUUGUUAAAAGUACUCAGUAUAGUCAGUAUUUCAAAUGGUGAACCAACUACACUGACAACCUUGUUACUUUUAGUCUUUUUAGGUGUCAGUUUGCCAAUUUUACUUCAGUUUCCAGAAAAAUCAAUUCUCAUUUAUUUAAUUAAUUUAUUGUUUUAUUCUCGUUUUAUAUUUUAACUCCAAAAAGUUGACAAAAGAAAAUAAACAAUGUAAGAAUGCUACAGUUGGAGAAAAUUUUUGAUCAGCUGACGAAAGUUUGAAUCAUUGAGCUUUUCAUUGUUACAAAAAAAAAUGUACUUCACAAUCUACCAAAAAAUUGAAGAAGAAAAAUAAAUGACAUUUUCAAGUAAGCAAUUGUUUAAAACAAAAAUGAAAACGAACUCUAAGUUUGAGUCCUUAACUGAUAAGAUUGUUUUUAAAAAAAUUAAAAAAGAAAGAAAAUGUUAUUAAAUUGUAUGCUGUAUGUACUAGUAGUUAGUUUUAUGAAAUGAAUACAUAUUAAAAUAUCGUGAAAUUGUAGAUGAAUUUCAAGCAUUAAAUAUCGAUCUAGUGAAGAAAAAAAAGAAUUAGACAAAAAAAUGUUUAAUCCACAAAAUUGAACGCAUGGAAAGAGUUAAACGAUGGGAACCGUUUUUUUCUUGUUUCUGAAAAUAAAAUUCUGUACAUAUCGUAAUUUCUAAAAGAAAAAUCAGUAAAACAUUUAUUCAAAGUCAAUUUCGUAAAUUCAAUUGGAUUUAGUGAGAUAAGUAGCUAAUGUGUGCACUGUAAAAAAGUACGCAAUUAUUAUAUAUUUUAAAUGAUAUGAAAAAAAAAGAAAAAUCAUGCCUAAAAAUGAACAUACAUUUCAAACAACAUAAUAUUUAAUAUUAAAUGUAAUAAAUGUUGAUAAUCAUCGAAACGGAUUUUUUUCGUAAAUUUGAUUUUUUUUCCUUCCAAUUUUUUCGGAUUUAUUAACUUUCAAUUUUUUUGUCAAUUUAAAUGUAGACCAAGUACGACUUUUGCGAUAAAGGCAAACAAGAAAUUUUGAUUUAUUCAAUAGUCCAAGGCACAUUUUGGCAGUUAAAAUGAUCAAUGAAUCACAUUUGCUGAUGCCAGAGAACAAUGAAAUGUUGGACAUUUCGAAUACUCAACGACCCGAAAAUGAAAUUAUAUUACAAUUAUAUCUGGCUUUGACAACACUUGCAGUUAUUUUUUUGAGUCCAUAUGUUUGGGUAUUUCGAAUACUUCAAUUUUUUUUUGUAUUUCACUUUGAACGUGCUAUGUGUUUGCUUUUUGUUUAAGUGUAUAUUCAAACAGAAAAAAAAAACAAUAACUACCGAAUUCAACCAACAUAUUUAAUACUAAAAUAUUAAUUUAUUUAAACAAAAGGAAACUGUGUCAAUGAUAAAUAUCGCCAAUGUGUAUCUUUCUCUGAUUUCAUCAUAUUGUGUAGAGAGAGAUAGAGAUUGGGGAAGUAUUGAAAAAGUGGAAAGAAGUUAUGAUGACGUGAUAUUUGCUAUAUAUAUCAUUGAACGCAAUGAGAAUGAAAACAUCUUCCAUAUAAAUAAAAUUUCAAAGAAAUAGGCCAAUAAAAGUAUCGGAAAAAGUUUCAAUUAAUAAAAUAAAUGAUUAAUGCUUUACGCUUUGAAUCGUUGUCGAUAUCCAAAAGAAAGCAAAGAUCCGUUGAAAACUCGAUUUUGAUUAUAUUAAUUCAAAAAUUGUAUAUGUA